GUGUCUAUCGACGCUAAGCGGGAUGCUGACGGGACUUAUCGGAAACACAAGGCGCGUUUAGUAGUCAGAGGUUUCCUAGCACGAUCUGGUCUCGAUUACUAG